AGAGAGCAGUACAGAGGUGGUGAGAGUAAGGAAGGGAUUGAGGGGAAGAGAGAAAGACAUGACAAAAAUAUCAAAAGGCAGAAAGCACGCCGUACCAUGCGAGCGAAAUUGUUGAGCGAUGGGAUCGAGGAUGUCGGAUUAAUGGUGACUACCGCAGCCCGUUUUCGCAGAGGAAGCUUCUCUAUUGCAACUUGGGCGCAGAGGGUCCGCGGGGAAACAUGGCCGAAGGAGGGCCGGGUAAAGGUGGCGGAGAAGACCUCGCCAAGUCCACCGAGCAGCAGGAGGACAGGUCUCGACCUCAGACCCUGUCCGGAUCGGGCAUCUGCAAAUGGUUCAAUGUCCGGAUGGGCUUUGGAUUUAUCUCAAUGACCAACAGUGAAGGGAGCCUCGUUGACCCCCCUCUGGAUGUUUUCGUCCACCAAAGCAAACUGGUGAUGGAGGGUUUCCGCAGCUUGAAAGAGGGUGAGCAGGUGGAGUUCACCUAUAAAAAGUCCUGUAAGGGCCUGGAGUCCCUACGGGUUACCGGACCUGGUGGAGGACCCUGUGCAGGCAGUGAAAGGAGACCUAAAGGGAAGGUCCCACUCCAGAAACGUAAACCAAAGGGAGACCGCUGUUAUAACUGUGGAGGUCUGGAUCACCAUGCCAAGGAGUGUGGCCUGCCCCCCCAGCCAAAGAAAUGCCACUACUGCCAGAGCAUCACGCACAUGGUGGCUCAGUGUCCCCACAAGGCGCUGGCGCCCGCUACAGGCUCUCAGGACCAACAUGCGUCUACCUCGGCCUUCAGUCCAGGGACCGGGCCCUACCUCUGCCUCCCAGAGGAGGAGGAGCGCUCUGGCUCGUCUCCCCUGGAGGGCUCCUCCUCUUCCCCUGAGGAGCCCCACACACAGCGCAGCUCCCGGACGCAGAAAUGGAGGAAAUCCUGAAAAUAGUCCUUAGAGGUGAACCUUUCACCAGUUUAAACCUCUGACCCUCGUGUUUCUCUUCAAUCAAGGUUACCUGAAGCCCAACCCCCCUCCUUCCCCCUCAUCUACCUCACACCUGUGGAAAAAAAUGGGAGGUCUCAUUUCCUUUACUUUAUUUAGGUAUUUUUCAAACCAGCGCAGCUAUGGCAACGAUCAAUGGGGUACGGACAUGCGUGAAUGUGUAUGAUUGACUUGCAGUCAUCUGGUGCAGCUAUGGCAACCGCUGCUAGAGUAGUGACUGUUUUUCUUUCAAUCUGUGCAGCUCAGCAGUGAAACAAUGUGGUAUGAGUCAAGCUUCGACUGGUUUGUUGUGGCGUUAUUAAUUUUUUCCUUAGUUUGUUCCCGUUGGACCUAAGUUGUGGCCAUUUUGAAUGCCUUUUUUUCUACAUAUGUUGCUGAUUUGAAGCCACAGAUUUGUAUCCCAUAGGCACAGUCAUUCCAAAAAGUCAUGAUUGCAUCUUUGUAGCACACACGGUAGCACAUUUUAAGAAGGAUUAGAGGAAAACUCUUAAGAGCUUGAGACCCUCUAAGUGAUAAUCCAGACCCCCAGGGUUGUUAGCUUUGCUUCUAAAGAUCUUUUGGGGAAACUUAAUGGGUUCCAGAGGGAAUUUUUAAAAAGCCAGUGAGCUGUCAGAGUACGUUCUCUAUAAUUUUGAAACACUUAAAACAUACCUCUUACAUGACAUAGACUGGACCAACCGAUUGUCAAAGUGCAAGACUGAGAGAGAAUGAAAACGUGUGUGCUUGUACUGUGUGUGUUAUGCAUGCUCCAAAAGAAAUCAAAACUGAAAGACUGGAGCACCUCAACUUCAGGUGCAAAUC